CAGAGCGGAGCUUUCGCUGAAGCCUGUCCGUGUGCGCGCGCCUCGCUUUCCAGGAGCGGGGUAGCACAGACUGCGGGGGGAUUUCUGUGCGGUGUCUCCUGUUUCGUGCACGCCCCCAGCCCUGCCCCCCGGGUGACUAGCGAGAUACGGGCCAUGAUGAAUUAACUCUCCUGUUUUCCUGUGGGGGCAGCGGCCGCCCCCGAGCAGCAAGCGACACCCCGGAGAGUCCCACUGCUCUGCUGCCUGCCGGUGCGUGCAAAGAGACGGGAGCAUGUGUGGCUGCCGAGGGGCAGAGAGCUAACCUCCGGAACCAGGAACGCGGCUGGGAUUUAACACGCUGCUGGAUCGGAUCCCAGAUGGCCAAUUCCCUGAAUGGCCGGAACCCAGGUGGCAGAGGAGGAAACCCCCGCAAAGGGCGUAUUCUGGGCAUCAUAGAUGCUAUUCAGGAUGUUGUGGGGCCCCCCAAGCAAGCAGCUGCUGACCGCAGAACUGUGGAGAAGACUUGGAAGCUAAUGGACAAAGUGGUCAGACUGUGCCAAAAUCCCAAACUUCAAUUGAAAAACAGCCCACCUUACAUACUUGACAUUUUACCAGACACUUAUCAACAUUUGCGACUUAUACUGGGCAACUGUGACGACAACCAGAAACUUGCACAACUCAGUGAGAAUGAAUAUUUUAAAAUCUACAUUGACAGUCUCAUGAAAAAAUCAAAACGGGCUAUAAGACUCUUUAAAGAAGGCAAGGAGCGGAUGUAUGAGGAACAGUCUCAGGACAGGCGAAACCUUACAAAGCUGUCCCUGAUCUUCAGCCACAUGCUGGCGGAAAUCAAAGCAAUAUUUCCUAAUGGCCACUUCCAGGGUGACAACUUCCGUAUCACAAAAGCAGAUGCUGCAGAAUUCUGGAGAAAAUUUUUUGGAGACAAAACUAUAGUGCCAUGGAAACUGUUCCGGCAGUGCCUUCAUGAGAUUCAUCAGAUAAGCUCUGGUUUGGAAGCAAUGGCUCUUAAGUCUACCAUUGACUUGACCUGCAAUGACUACAUUUCAAUUUUUGAAUUUGAUAUCUUCACUAGACUAUUUCAGCCUUGGGGUUCAAUCUUAAGGAACUGGAACUUCUUAGCUGUGACACACCCUGGGUAUAUGGCAUUCCUAACAUAUGAUGAAGUCAAAGCAAGGUUACAGAAAUACAGCACCAAACCUGGGAGCUACAUUUUCAGACUGAGUUGCACUCGACUGGGGCAGUGGGCCAUUGGAUACGUAACUGGUGAUGGAAACAUUUUGCAGACUAUACCUCACAAUAAGCCUUUAUUUCAAGCUCUAAUUGAUGGCAGCCGGGAGGGAUUCUAUCUGUACCCAGAUGGACGAAGUUAUAAUCCUGAUCUGACAGGAUUAUGUGAACCUACUCCACAUGAUCACAUAAAAGUUACACAGGAACAAUAUGAAUUGUACUGUGAAAUGGGUUCCACUUUCCAGCUGUGUAAAAUCUGUGCAGAGAAUGAUAAAGAUGUGAAGAUUGAGCCUUGUGGACAUCUCAUGUGCACUUCUUGUCUUACAGCAUGGCAGGAAUCCGAUGGUCAGGGCUGUCCUUUCUGCCGAUGUGAAAUCAAAGGAACUGAACCAAUAAUUGUAGACCCUUUUGAUCCAAGGGAUGAAAACUCCAGGUGCUGCAGUAUUAUAGAUAGUUUUAGUAUGCCCAUGCUAGACUUGGACGAUGAUGAUGACAGAGAAGAAUCUUUAAUGAUGAAUCGGUUGGCUUCAGUACGAAAGUGCAAUGAAAGACAGAAUUCACCAGUGACUUCUCCAGGAUCCUCUCCGCUUACACAGAGAAGAAAGCCACUUCCAGACCCCCUGCAAAUUCCCCAUCUUAGUCUCCCACCGGUGCCUCCUCGUCUGGAUCUCAUUCAGAAGGGGGUGGCACGGUCACCUUGUGCCAGCCCUACUGGCUCACCAAAGUCUUCUCCAUGUAUGGUGAGGAAACAGGAUAAACCCCUCCCAGCACCACCACCUCCCUUGCGAGAUCCUCCUCCACCUCCACCUGAGAGACCCCCUCCUAUCCCGCCGGACAACAGGAUAAGUAGACAUUUGCAUCAUCCUGAAAGUGUGCCUUCCAGAGACCAGCCUGUGCCACUUGAAGCCUGGUGCCCCAGAGAUAUGUUUGGGACAAGUCCAUUAAUAGGAUGUCGAAUCCUAAAUGACAGUUCCCCCAAACCAGGACUCACUGCAAGUUCGAAUAUAAAUGGAAGGCACAACCGAAUGGGUUCUGACCCAGGAUUUAUGAGAAAACAUAGACGCCAUGAUUUGCCUUUAGAAGGUGCCAAGGUAUUUUCAAAUGGCCAUCUAGGAAAUGAAGAAUAUGAUGUCCCUCCUCGACUUUCUCCCCCUCUCACAGCUGCCUCCAUCCUCCCUAGUAUGAAGUGUGUCAUUCCUGUAACAAAUUCCCUUGCUGAGAAAUCGAGGGAACAUGUAGAAGAAGAAGAUGAGUACAAGAUUCCUUCAUCCCAUCCUGUAUCCCUGAGCUCCCAACCACCUCACUGUCAUAAUAUAAAACCUCAUAUUAGGGUGUGUGAGAAUGGUCAGUGUGCUGGUAUAAUGAAUGGAACACACAAUGCUGCUUCAGAGAUGAAGAAAUCCAAAACCCCGGAGUUAGGAGACGCCUUUGAUGCAUCCACUGCUCCAGUAUCUUUACCGCCUGCACGGCCUCCUUCCAGAGACAACCCAAAACACAGCUCUUUGCUCAACAGGACGCCCUCCGAUUAUGAUCUUCUGGUGCCCCCUUUAGGUGAAGAUGCAUUUGACAACUCCCCACCGUCACUUCCUCCACCUCCACCUCCCGCUCGGCACAGCCUCACUGAGCAUUCCAAACCUCUGGGCUCAGGAAGCAGACCCUCUUCAGGACAUGAACUGUUCCUUCCGCCUUCGGAUCUCUUUUUUGAUCCGGCUACUAGUGUAAUUCCUUUGCCUCCUGCUCGAAGAGUAACAGUGGAAAAUGUCAAAACUAAUAGAACAUCCCAGGACUACGAUCCACUUCCAUCCUCCUCAGAUGGUUCACAAGCACCAGCCAGACCCCCUAAACCACUUCCUCGCAGGACUGCACCAGAAAUCCACCACAGGAAAGCAUACAACUCUGACACCUCCUUGGAAAAUGUGGAUGCAAAAAUUGCAAAACUUAUGGGAGAGGGCUUUUCUUUUGAAGAAGUGAAGAGGGCACUUGAAAUAGCCCAGAAUAAUGUUGAUGUGGCUCGUAGUAUUUUAAGAGAAUUUGCCUGCUUUCCUCCACCAGUCUCCCCACGUCUCAAUCUAUAGCAGCAUGCAAGUCCCUGCAGCAGAUGAAUUCCAUGGAUGUGUGUGUGUGGAACUGAGAGCAAGAGAGAGAAUUUGAGAGAGAAGUUUUCUUCUCUUGUCAUCCUUAGAAGAGGGUCUGUUUCCAGUAGUUUAUCAGAGGAAGAUGGCUGCUCUGAUCAAGACUCAUAGAUGGGCUGAGGCUUCUGUAUUUUUGCUAGCCAUACUUUUAAAAUCAGGGUUGAACUGACAAAAUUAUUUUAAGAAGUUUACUUCCCUUGAACUUUGAAUCUGUGAAAUGCUUUUUUCUUGUUUACAAGUUGGCAAGUGGACAUCUGUACUGUGUUCCUGUUUAGAUUCCCUUGUACGGUGGUCAGCUCAGCUGUAGCAUUUGCAACAUUUUCCAUGCUGACCGCCCCAUCAACUAAAUCAUUUUUUCCAGAAGCUCUGUAUUUCCAUUUCUCCUUUUAUAAGAGGCUUUAAUGGUUUUUGCAUUUCAAUUUAUCAAACAAAUGCAAAAAAAAAAAAAAAGUAUGUGGCCUUCACUACUGAGCGUUUUCUUCUGAGAUUGCUUUGUUAUUGAGAGAGGAAAAAAAUCUGAAUGUAUAAUGCAUUUUUUUUUGUCUAUGAACUGCCUUUUUAAAGGUAUUUUAACAGUGAUGUUGGGCAGCUUUUCUUUU